AUGCUCGUGAUCGCCCACCGCCUCGACACGAUCCUGGACAGCGACCGCAUUUUAGUGUUAGAUCAAGGCCGAGUGGUGGAGUACGACGCCCCCCACGCCCUCUUGGCCACCGACGGGGGACCGUUCGCGCAGUUGGCGUCGCAUGCCCGGUUGGGCCAGUCGGGUGCCUUGGCCGUACUCCCCGAUGUUGAACCCGAUCGAGAAUAUGUGGCCGGCGUUGAAGAGCCGCAUUAA